CCCACCCCCCUCACUGGGCCUCCUCCUUCCACGUGCCUCCUCUCCCCCAACAAGGAGCGUGGAGAGAGAAUAGAGAGACAUUACAGGAGCCUCCAAGAGAGACCGCUGUACCGCUGUUUCUGGCCUUCUUGGGCUCCUUUUCCAGCUGAAGUUGAUUGAAGGCGAGCUGAUUUUGGCUCAUAUUUGCUGUGUUUGAACUGUGGAUCGAAGGGAUAGCUGACCUUGGUGGUGGAAACUGGAAAGGUGAUAAGAGGGAAACCAGACUAUAAAGGUGCAACCUUGAAAGGUGUUUUCGAAUCUGAUCAGAGAAUUCUCUGGAUCUUGUUGUUCUAAGGCUGUAUCCGAUUGCGGAUAUGGUAUAUACAGGAUAACUUUCAGAAUAAAAACAGAACUCUUGAGGUCCUCUAGCUAGUGCAUUAGCUAGCUUUUUAGAUGGCAAUUUUGAUGCAACGACUUGUGUCGCCAGUAGAUGCCUCAGCUAGUCUCGGUUUUCUCGAGGCAAUUCGGGAAGGAGGUCGGUUUUCAGACAGUUCGAGGCUGGUUGGAAAAGUUCAGAGUCCCAGCUCUAAUGAGAGGCUGCAGAGGAAGAGGCGCAGAUGGAGUUUGUGCUCGCUGUAUGCUGAUUCAAAGUAUGCAUGCGUGGGGUUUCAGCCGCAGGAGAAUGAUAAUUUUCCGAUAGUAUCGAGUUUUGUGGCAAACCCUGCGGAAGAGGUUGCAAUAUCCUCGGAGCAGAAGGUUUAUGAUGUGGUGAUGAAGCAGGCAGCAUUGGUGAAGACGCACUUGAGAUCCAAUGCUGCUCUUGAUGUGAAGCCUGACAUGGUGAUUCCUGGAACUACAACCUUGUUGACUGAGGCUUAUGAUCGCUGUGGACAAGUUUGUGCAGAGUAUGCCAAGACCUUUUACCUCGGAACACUGCUCAUGACCCCUGAAAGAAGGAGAGCCAUCUGGGCAAUAUAUGUGUGGUGCAGAAGGACAGACGAGCUCGUAGAUGGACCCAAUGCUUCUCACAUUACACCUUCAGCUCUGGACAGGUGGGAGGCGAAGUUGGAGGAUCUCUUUGCUGGCCGCCCCUAUGACAUGUUCGAUGCGGCUCUUUCAGAUACUGUUUCAAAGUUCCCUGUUGAUAUUCAGCCAUUCAAGGACAUGAUUGAAGGGAUGCGGUUGGACCUCAAAAAGUCCAGAUACAAGAACUUCGAUGAGCUCUAUCUGUAUUGUUAUUAUGUAGCUGGGACGGUCGGACUGAUGAGUGUGCCUGUCAUGGGUAUUGCUCCAGAGUCCAAGGCGACGACGGAGAGCGUAUAUAAUUCUGCUUUGGCUUUAGGGAUAGCAAACCAGCUCACCAAUAUACUAAGGGAUGUGGGAGAAGACGCAAGAAGAGGCAGGAUUUAUCUGCCCCAGGAUGAGCUCGCGCAGGCUGGCCUUUCAGAUGAUGAUGUGUUUAACGGGAAGGUGACUGACAGAUGGAGAAGCUUCAUGAAGAGCCAAAUUAAAAGGGCGAGGAUGUUCUUCCAGGAAGCGGAGAAAGGUGUGACCGAGCUCAAUCAAGCUAGUAGGUGGCCGGUGUGGGCUUCUCUGUUGUUGUACAGGCAGAUACUUGAUGAGAUUGAAGCAAAUGACUAUAAUAAUUUCAUGAAGAGGGCCUAUGUCAGCAAAGUAAAGAAGAUAAUGGCUCUGCCCAUUGCUUAUGGAAGAUCACUUAUCAGGCCGUCAUUGCAAAACCAGCCAUUCUAACAAAAGCGCGAAGAUUCAGAAGGAUGUCCUACGCUGCCUCAGUUUGAAGUAUAAAGUUUUUAUCUUAAUGUAUUUUAGAAUGAUACAAGAGCAAUCAAGGAAUGUGGUCCAUGUGGCAUCCUCAAAUUAGAAAAUGCAGUAGCUUAACCUCCCUUCUUAUUUAUUGUUACAUAGCCAUGUAUAAUAAUGGAAACGAGUAUAUUUCAAUAUAAAGGGAGAUGAUUUUUUUCUAUUCUU